AUGGACCUACCGUCCUGUCAGCAGUGCCGGGGACCAGCUGAUUGGCACUACACCGGUGAUCUACAUGCAACAGGUGCAUUUCGGCACCGAUGCAGGGAGUUUCAUGGCUGUGGCUCAGCAGAAUGGCACACUGGUGUGGGAGGUCACCACAGAGGGUCGAAUACGAUCGAGUCCCACAGUGGCGGAGAACAUCCUUUUUUCGGCUCUGGAGAUGGCAAAGUUCGUGCCCUCAACGCCAGAGGUGGUGUUCAAGUUUGGGAAUUUGAUGCCAAUGCGUCAGUCGAGACAUGUCCCACCGUCAACGAACGAUUGGGCAUGCUCUACUUCGGAGCUGACAAUGGUAUGAUGUACGCAGUUCACUUGGAGGAGGGCACGAAAAUCUGGGAGUUCCAAACGGAUGGCGCCGUGCGAUCGUCGGCCGCGUUGAGUCAGAACCAACGCUACAACCAGGUGUAUUUCGGCUCGGAUGAUGGAUUUAUCUAUUCCGUCAGCGAGAGUGAUGGUCGUUUAUCGUGGCGCUUCAAUGCAUCCGGUCCGGUGCGCACCGAACCCAUGCUGCAUUGGGAUCAGGUGCUCUUUGGGAGCGGCAGCGGCAUUUUCUACGCCCUCAGCGAGCGCCUGGGCACGGCCAACUGGGAAUUUGAUGCCAAGGCACCCAUCUACACCUCUGCAGCCGUACACCGAGGUUUUGUGUACUUUGGUUGCGAUGAUGGCAUGAUGUAUGCUUUGGACGAGAUGAAUGGCGCAGUCAUUUGGAGCUAUAAUGCCUUCAGUCCCAUCCGUUCCUCCAAAGCUCCGGCCCUUGAUGCUGGGCAGGUCUACUUUGGCACGGAAGCCGGGGUGCUGUAUGCCGUGUCGGAUCUCACGGGGGAGAAGUCCUGGGAAUUUCAAUCUGAUGGUCCCAUCAUUUCCGCCGUGGUGUGGUACUACGAUAUGAUCUACUUUGGGUCGGACAAGAUGUACCGGUUGAAGUCCAGCGGCAGAUUGGCCUCCAAAGAGGUGAUGGACUUUGAGAAGUUUUGUGACUUGCUGAAGGCAAACCACGUGGAUCUUGAGCGCUUUGGAAAGGGCACUGCAAAUACCCUCUCGCAGUUCUAUGAAACUGCAGUUCUCGAGGAGAAAUGCCUCCUGAAAGUCGAAGACAGCAGACUUUUUCGACUGGUGGAACUGGUGCGGAUCAACCUCCAUUUCCGCACCGAUGAGGGCCAUCAGCUCGAGCUUCGCAUCAAGUCGGAGGUGACAGCUGGUGGUCAGCUGCGAAAACGGAACCAGCCCCUGGCGGUGGUGCUUCGCAACAACGAGCACGGCCAGUGGGAACAAGCGGUCGAGCGCUGCCUGUGCACGAAGUUUGGGCUCAGUCCAGCUGCUCAAAAGGCCUGUUUCAACAUGCCCAAAGAUGCGUACACUUACCAGGAGACUCAAGGGAGCUCCGAGACUGUGCCUGGCAUUCCGACCAAAUACAAGACCCACACCAUUAAGAUGACGGUCAAGGACAGACAAAGAUCUGAAUUGACCAAAAUUGGUUUGCCUUCCGGGGACAACUUCACCACACAGGUCCAAGGUGUUCAGCACUGGACCUGGACCAGGGUAUCCAACAACAGUGAGGAGGAGCUGAUGACGCUGCUCCAGAGCUUCGGUGUCUCCGUGGAUCAGUUCACAUGGCAGAGCUUUGCGGAUCUCUAUGACGAGGUCUACGAGAAGAAGCAUUCGAAGCUGGAGCCAAUGGGAGGGGAACUCGUCAGGCGCGUCCGCAUCAUCAAAGUGUGGAUCUGGGCCAAUGUGCUGAAUUGUCGGCAUGCCCUGGUGCUCAGGAGCAAACAGCAGCACUCACGGAUGCAUAUCAUGACGCAGUUGCGUGUGCUCUCCAUGCGGAUCGCAGAAGACGAGAGAUGGCAGGAUGGCGUGACUCAAGCGCUGUCCGAGAAGCUGGGCAUCCACGAGUCGAUGCAGCGCGAAGGUUUGCACAUCAGCGAGGCAGCCAACAGACAAGAACUGGAAUAUUCGCGCAGUUUUCCUGGCCUAAAAACGAUGUACAAUAUCAACGAGGUGCAUGUGGAAGUGGUGAACCCGCAGGAUCAACGUUGGAACCACAUCGGUCUUCCUGCAGCGCACGAUUUCACCUUGAUGCGGCAGAAACAGAGCGGUGGAGAGAUCGACACCAUCGUCACGAGGUGGGGUUGGAUCAACUCCAGUGAGCUGGACGGAGAGUACGCUGUGAGGCAGUUCGCUUUGAUCUCCUCACCUUCUUGGAGUGACAACCGCACCUUCUACCAACGGAAGCGGAAGCAUCCGACCAUGAAGGAGCAGGUGAAGUUACCGCAACCACUGAGAGUGACUGGAGUCCACGAGCUGUUGAUCAGUCGGUUGAUGGAAGGAAAGACCACCAACUGGGAACUCGCCAAACGCUGUGCUGAGCAAAUUCGCUCCCCGGAGUACACCACCAGGCACUUCCACGACGACAUCACACAUGCCUUUCCAGAACUUCGGCUGUACUGCCUAGAGACGGAAGAGGAUUUGGACAUAUCCAAAUCAAUCUCAGCUGGAAUGACCAGUACGUCUGCGGGUCGUUCAACCUUCGAGGAGUACCAACGCACCAUUGGAGCAAUGUUUUGCAUCUUUUGGCUCAUGCGGCUGCACCUCGAUGGAAAGGAAUGCUUUAGCUUUGGAAUGAAGAAGGACUGGACACCGAAGACCGAGGAGGACUUCCAAUGCAACGGUCAGGAUAGUCAGGAGUUGAGCGUGGAGUACAAGAAACGCAAGGCCUUUUAUGACAAUGCCAACUGGGAUGGACUGGAAAAACUCUGCGUCGGUGCUGGGUUGUUGAAGAAGCAGAACGGGCCACACGAUCCUGAGAGGACCUUGGCCAUGCUGGUCCUCAUGAGCAUCCACGACCUCAUGAAACUGGACAGGCUGCGGCCUAUUUGCAGCGUCAAAAACUUCAACGGCUACAAAAAGGGUGAGCAGAUUGGAGAUCAUGACAUUGCUUUGAGUUAUGUUCUGGAGCACUUUCAGAAAGCACUGCCUUCAUUUGCUGGACUCUCAAAGAGUCAGCAGGACAGCAUUCGAUUUACCCACUGCAAGAUGGAUUACAACAUGGGUUGGUUGGUUCAAGCAGAGGCACCGCCAGGGAUCCUCUUCGGUGCUUUGCGCAAAGCCAUCAAAGGAGGACAAGAGACGAAAAAGUCACAAGAUGUGGCGUUCUAUUUUGUCCACUGGUUCGCCGACUUAGCUGGGGCGGAACCGUUCCCCAUGCAGGGCUGCGAGAAGUUCGUCCUCAAGUUCCCCCUGCCGGUGCUGACCAAUUUUAUAGAUUCGUUCCCGGUGGUGUGGAACCUUGGACCAAAGACUGAGACGCAGGUCUACCAGGACUACUUGGAGUGGCGUUGGGGCCGGGCGGACUGUAGCUUGGGCCCAGUGCCAUCGGAUCCCUUCCGCGUGGCCAAGAUGCGGCUGGUCGUCAUGAGCCAAGGCGAUGCCCUGGAGGUGCUACGAAGCUUCAGUGAUCUCCCGCCACGAGAUCAAGAGACCUUGGCGGAAGAGUUGACCGUUGUUCACCUCGCGGCGGCUUCUGAAAAGAAGCAAACCCCAGUCGUGCUGAUCCCGGGGAUGUGGCAUGGAACCUGGUACUUCCAAGCCCUUCAGCAGCUAUUGUCAGAGCAGGGUUUCGACAGCUACAUCUUGGAGUUACGCCCAGGGCGCUUAGUAUUCGCUUCAGAUCAUUUGCAAAUGAUCCAAGCCACACUUCAGAGUUUGUCGUUGAAAAACGUGGUCUUGUUGGGACAUAGUCAAGGAGGAAUCUUGGUGCAGAGGCUUCUUCGAGAUUUUGUUCCAAGACUUCCAGGUGAUUUUCUUCAUGCUGCAGUCCUCAGCGCAACUGUUCCAAUCAGUUCACUUGGAGCUGGUUUUGCCAUGAUGAAUCAUAAGACCAACGUGUUCAAAGAGUACGGUCUUGUGGCCUUCUACUUCUACCUCUUCACCGGGAGAAUUUGGGAUUCCUCGUUGGUGCAACGAUUAUUUUUGCUGCCAACCACUGAAUCCGUCUCAUUGGAAGGGGGCAAAGCACGCUAUGUGCAGCGGCUGCUGCAGGCUCCUUGCGACGGUUGGCCCACCACGGAGCAUCCGUUUUGGCUACGACCGCGCUUUCCCGUGAUGGCUGAGAAGCCUGUGCUGCUGCUGGGGGCAGAAGAAGACGUUAUUUAUCCACCCAGGUCUCUGAAUCCUUUCUUCCACAGCUACUUUCCACGAGCAUCAGAGAUCGUUGUGCCCGGACAGGAGAUCUUCCGCACCGCGCGGCAACUGUGGCCGUUGUCGGAAGACCAGCAGCUGGCAGACCAGACCACCAUCCUGCGUAUCGAUGCCUUGAAGGAGGGGAAGCAUCCAAUGGGAACGGGUGAGCUGAGUGCGCAAGAGAUCCUGGACAACCACAGCCAGGGCAAGUCUCACUACGCCAUCCUCCGCAACGGUCAAAAAGAUGGACAAAUUAGAUCGUUUUCUCCGGCCAAAGAAAAGCCGAAGGAACUCGAUGGCAGCGUCAAUAUCGACUUUGAUUCACUCCGCGAUCCUUGGCAAUCCUUGGUGCAGUGCAGGUGGAAGACGCCAAAGCAAGACUUCUGUAGCCUGGUCAGACCUGGUAGAAAUCAGUACAAUGUGACGGGCCUUUGCAACAAGAACUCGUGCCCCCUGGCAAACAGCCAAUAUGCAACCAUCAUCGAGGAAGAGGGCAUCAACUACCUCUACAUGAAAACAGUGGAGAGGGCCCAUUCACCUAAGAACUUGUGGGAAAGAGUGAAGUUGUCCAAGAAUUUCCUGCAAGCAUUGGAGCAGAUCAACAAACACCUAGAGUACUGGCCAGAUCGAGUAAUCAAUCGGUGCAAGCAACGACUCACCAAGAUGCGGCAGAUGUUGAUCAGGAUGCGAAAGCUGGCUCUGAAGGGUGGCCCCAAGCUCGUGCCCAUCAAGAAGAAGACUGAGAAGCGAGAAGCCACACGAGAACUGAAAGCAGAAACAGCUGCAAAAGUGGAUUUGGCUAUCGAGAGAGAGCUUCUUGAAAGAUUGAAACAGGGCACCUAUGGAGAUAUCUACAAUUUCCCCAAGAAACAGUUUGACAGCGUCAUGGACAAAGAUGCUGAGCAAGAAGAUGAGCAAGAACUUCUGGAGGAAGAUGAAAGUGACAUGGAAUUUGUGGAAGACUUGGGCGAAGAUGAUGAGGAAUGGGAACAUGACUUAGAAGACAAGGUGGAGGAAGUUGAGAUGGAGGGUGGUUUUGGGGCUGACCUGGAGGACAUGAGCGGCCCGUCCAAAAAGAAGAGGCGAAAGGGUCCCAGAUUGGAAGUGGAAUACGAGCAAGAGAUGGAUGCCAGAUAA